UUGAUCUGUUCUGCUUUUGCAUGAAUUAUAAGUGGUGGAGCGUCGCUGUUAUUUUUAUGAGAAUCAGAGGGGCACAAAGGAUCGUCAUGGCAGUAGAUGUCCCUGGACUGGUCUCUGUAAUUGUUUUUUAUGUUUGCAUCCUGGCCAUUGGAGUGUGGGGGUCCUAUAAAUCCAGAAAAGUGGAGAAGAGAUGUGAUGGCCCAAAAAGUGAGAUCUCCAUCGUUGGUGGCCGCAACAUCAGUACCCUGGUUGGGAUUUUCACAAUGACAGCCACAUGGGUUGGCGGAGGUUACAUUAUGGGAACUGCUGAGUCUGUUUAUUCACCCACUCAAGGCCUUGUCUGGGCUCUCGGCCCCCCUGCGUAUGCUCUGAGUUUUUUUAUGGGUGGACUGUUUUUUGCAAAACAAAUGAGGUCAAAGCGUUAUGUGACAAUGUUGGAUCCCUUCGAAAAACGCUAUGGCAGAGCAUUCACUGUGACCCUCCUGCUUCCUGCUCUCAUCAGUGACAUAUUAUGGGUUGCCUGCAUCCUUGCUGCUCUUGGUGGAACAAUGAGUAUAAUUCUUGGGUUAUCUUCCACCAUCUCCAUCAUCAUCUCAGCAGCUGUGUCUAUUGUCUACACAUUUCUGGGGGGCCUCUACUCAGUUGCAUACACGGAUAUCAUCCAACUUUGUUUUGUCUUUAUAAGCCUGUGGCUCUGUGUUCCGUUUAUGGUGCUUAGUCCAGCAGUUACUGCCAUCUCACACACGCUGCCAAUCAACCAGUCACAUGACCAUCCAUGGGUAGGACAACUGGAGCUGGCAGACCUAGGAAAGUGGAUCGAUGAUUUUCUGCUGCUGGCUUUAGGGGGACUGUCCUAUCAAGCUUUAUACCAAAGGAUCCUCUCUGCAUCCUCCUCUGCUCAGGCACAGAUCACCUGUUUUGCUGCUGCUGUGACAGUUUUUAUCAUGGGAAUUCCCUCAGUUGUCAUUGGAGUAAUGGCUGCUGCUGCAGACUGGAACCAGACUGAUUACGGUCUCCCUCCUCCGUUUGAACGCGGAGAUGCAGGGAAGAUCCUGCCUCUGGCUCUGCAGCACCUCACACCCACCUGGGUGGCAGUGUUAGGCAUUGGUUCUGUGGCUGCAGCUGUUAUGUCCUCCAUGGAC